AUCAAAAAGCCAGAUUAAUUUUAAAAAUAAUGUAUUAAACCAGCUGAAUAUUUCUAUAAAUGUAGACAAAUUCGAAAUUUUCAAAACAGUAUCCGAUUUGAAUUCAAACGUAAAAGUCCGAGCUUAUGAUGGCAAAGUUAUUUGUUAUUGUUCUGUGUGCAUUGUUUGCCUAUGCCAUGGCACGACCACGCGGUUAUGGUGGCCAUAAUGAUGGUGGUUAUGGCGGUGGUCAUGGUGCUGGCGUUGGUGGUGGCCACGGUGUCGGUGGUCAUGGUGGACACAGUUCAGGCUAUGGAGGCCAACAAGGUGGUUAUGGCGGUCACAGCUCUGGUUUCGGUGGCCAACAAGGCGGUUUUGGUGGUCAACAGGGCCAUGGUCAUGGUCACGGCCAUAAUUCCGGUUUUGGUGGUUCCCACGGCGGUCAUGGUGGACAACAUGGUGUCGGUUCCCAAGGUGGCGGUUAUGGUGGACAACAUGGUGUCGGUUCCCAAGGUGGCGGUUAUGGUGGACAACAUGGUGUCGGUUCCCAAGGUGGCGGUUAUGGUGGACAACAUGGUGUCGGUUUUGGUGGCCAACAAGGUCAUGGAGGUUAUCGCCAACACGGUUAUUAGAUAAUUACCACAUACAAACGUAUGAAUUCGAUAUGUGAUUAAGACUGGGAAUAUGAUGUAUAAUAAAACAAAAAUAGUAUUUAAAA